CAAAAAAAAAAUAAAAAUAAAAAAAGGAAAAAAAGACCACCCACUACUUCAACGAACUUUCUCGGAAACAAGAUUUAUUCUACUGAUCGAAAAGUUUACUACGAUAAUUUGUAGUAAAUUUGUGGAAAUGAUAUUUCCCGAGUGAAUCGAAUUUUCUUACGAAAAUAAGACCGCAUCAGCAACAACCGUAAUCCCAUUGGCAAGUUGAAAUCUAACAAACAUUUUCUACGAAAGCUAAUACUUUCGCCAACGUCAUUUUGUAAUGUUAAGAAAACAGAACGAUUUCACGUUUGAGAAACAAAAACAUUAGAAUCAAAUUUAAGUAUUUACUCAGAUCGAUAAAAGGAUAUUAUUAUUUUUGUGUAAAAUGCCAUGUUAUGUCACGGGAAUCGUGAGGAUUUAUAUUACAAAGCAUACUUGAAUUCUUCGUUAUUUGAAUUAAAAUUACUCCUACGAAAUAUAUCGAGUAUGUAUUUACAUCCAAAUUACACCGAUAUAUUAACUCUAUAUAAUAUUACGGCAGAAGAUAUCGAUUACGUAAACAACUUCAGUCUUCCGCCGGAAACAUCGACGACGUUUUGUUAUUGCAACGGUUCCAUCAGAAAUUGGGCUAUGAGCUAUAGAAUAUACCAUGGUUACGUAGCAAUAAUAGUAUGCAUAUUUGGUACAUUUGCCAAUAUGUUGAACAUCGUUGUGUUAACCCAUAAAGAUAUGAUGAUAACACCGAUAAACAAAAUAUUAACAGGAUUAGCAUUUGCUGAUAUGUUGGUGAUGUUGGAAUACAUACCAUUUGCUGUUUACAUUUAUUUCGUUCUACCAAAACGACAAAUCUUUCCUUACGGAUGGGCCGUCUUCGUUUUAUUUCAUAUGCACUUUACACAGGUCAUUCAUACCAUCAGCAUCGCAUUAACUCUAACACUGGCUGUUUGGAGAUAUAUCGCUUUAAGGUUUCUGCAAUACAACCACGCAUGGUGCACACCUACUCGUUGCAAGAUAGCUCUAUGGUGUUGCGUUUUGGCACCAUUGAUCGCAUGUGCACCAAGCUAUUUUGUCUUUGGCAUAAGGGAUCAAAUUGUCUGUGAAAAUGGAACUAAAGAAAUCUUGUAUCAUGUGGAUACCGAUUAUUCAAGAGACAAAGGAUUUAUCUAUCAACUUAAUUUUUGGAUACUUGGUGUUGUCGUUAAACUUAUGCCCUGUGUUAUACUUACCAUCAUUAUAUGUUGGUUAAUUAAAACACUUUGCAGGACGAAAGAUCGGAAAAAGGCUUUAAAGAAUUACAAUCAACCUUUAAUGAAGAACCUACCGAUAAGUAAUGGUUCGGUGAUACCACGAAAACCAAGCAAGAAUGAAAAACAUGCUGACAGAACAACAAGAAUGCUCGUUGCCGUUCUAUUCCUUUUUUUAAUUACAGAAAUACCGCAGGGUGUUUUAGGCCUUUUAUCUGGAAUUCUAGGUGAUUGCUUCUUCCGUAAUUGCUAUCAUAAUUUUGGCGAGAUAAUGGACAUUUUAGCAUUAUUAAAUGGUGCUAUUAAUUUUAUACUUUAUUGCUUAAUGUCUCGACAAUUUCGUACAUCAUUCAGACAACUUUUUAAACCAAAAAUCAUCAAAAAGUUACAACCGCACACUCAACAAACCGACGUACAAAGUACCUACGUAUGAUAUAAAUUACAACCUUUAAAAGAUACUUGUUUAUAAAUUAUAUUUUAUUAUUACAU